AUGACAAUAGAAGAAAAUCAAUUGUUAGCUUCUCAGUGUACAAUACUAGCAGAUCAGACUAUGACUGAACCUAUUUUAUCAACUGCAAUAUCAAAUUCAGGCUUUUCUACUAACGUUAUAUCGGAAAAUAACUAUUCCAUUUUAGGCAACACUAGCAGACAUCAACCAACGUCUAUGGAGUCACUUGAUAAUGUAAUAGUCAUACCUUCGGAAUCAACUGCACUCAGCACUAAUGCUUUUAGUAAGCAUUUAUUUGUGCCUGAACCCUUGGUAAAAUCAAACAAAAAUAUUUCUAAGCCACGAGUUCCUGCUGCAAUAUCAUCUUUGGCUUGGAGGAAACAUUACGAGGAAAAAGAAAAAAAUAAACAUGAGAAAAGAGAGUCCAUACAACGUAAAAAAGAAGCAUCUAAAAGAAAGAAGAAUGAAAGAGGCGAAGUUAAGAGAAGAAAGACUGUGAAACGAACGAAGACUGAUAAAUUUAAUAUUUUAGGAACAGAGAAUAAAGAAAAUAAUAUCACAAAACAAAGAUGUGCUCAAUGCGAAGUGAUUUUAAAUAGUGACACAGAGGAAGACGAAGACAAAAACGUUGGCUGUGAUUUCUGUACCAAAUGGUUCCAUUUAAAAUGUACAGACUUCAUCGGACUAAGUUAUGAUGAAGUUAAAGAUAAGGCAUUUAAAUGCAAUUCUUGUAUUAUAGAAGAAGAUUAG